AGUGCAAAAACUGUCUGCGAUACCGGCACAAAGGAGAAGCAAGACCGUCUGAGUGCAUGAGGUGUGCUGAGUCAAAGCUCCAGAGGCUGUCAGAGGGAAAAACAAACUGAGAGAAGAGAGAGAGAGAGAGAGAGAACUAGAUGUGACUCAGUAAGAGAAAGAGAGAGAGAGAGAGAAGGGGGUAGGGGACAGGAAACAGACCCUGAGGACAAAUAGUGAAACACACUCACAUUGUGACACACUUGAGCAGCAGUUCAACCUACGCUUCAGUUGUGCUCUCAGGCAGGAGCCUGGUGGUUUGUGGUCAGGACCUUUUUUGCGAGAUGGAAAGCUAAUGACAAGUUUUCUGCCUUGGAGCCGAAAAAGAACAAAAACAAAGGACUGAAUUUUGACAAAGACACUGGAUUUUUCCCACCAAGGCAUCUUUUAAAAAACGGACAUGCCAUCAUCCCUUUUGUGGACUCUGGUGCUGGUGGUGGCUGAGGACUUUUUGAGUGAAAAGAAGUCACGUUUGUGUGACUAAUUUAUCUGAGUAAGUAAAUCUCAGCCUGUAACUUGUGUGGGUUCAGCCUCGUUGAGAGACAGGGCAGGGGGAGGGAAGGACACUCCAGCCUGAAUCUCUGUCCUCUGGGAGGAGGUAACCCCCAAAAUAACUACAUCAAGACAGGGAAGGGAACCAUGUUGACCAUGUGCAGCGAUCCUCUCUAACAUGGACAGUUGUGUUGGAAGAAACCUUUGUUCCAAUGGCCUUAAUUAUCAGAGGAUUAUCUUUCAAUGCGCUGUGGACUGUUCUGUGCUUUACUCUCCAUUCAUGGUGAAUUCAUUGUUUGAGGCAGUCCUUUCAUGAUAUAGCUAUUGUGCAUAACAGACACCCCACAUCCUUCCACUCUUUGUCUCCCAGAAUGUACAACAGAGACAAUUUAACCCUGCCAGGGGCUGAAAAUAUCUCAGCAAAUAUCUCAUCCUGCAUCAAGAACGACGGCUUCAAAUACCCAUUGUACAGUACUAUCUUCAGCAUCGUGUUUGUGGUUGGACUGAUCACAAAUGUGGUGGCCAUUUACAUAUUCAUGUGCUCUCUUAAGCUGAGGAACGAAACCACGACCUACAUGAUGAAUUUGGUAGUGUCUGACCUGCUGUUUGUCUUCACACUGCCUCUGCGUGUCUUCUACUUCAUCAACCAGAACUGGCCUUUUGGGAGCAUGCUCUGCAAGGUCUCCGUCUCUCUGUUCUACACCAACAUGUACGGCAGCAUGCUCUUUCUCACCUGCAUCAGCGUGGAUCGCUUUUUAGCCAUUGUGCACCCGUUUCGCUCGAGGGCGCUUCGGACCAAGCGCAAUGCGAGGAUAGUGUGUAUUGCUGUAUGGGUGCUGGUGCUGUCAGGAAGUCUCCCCACAGGGUUCAUGUUGGAGACCACCUCCCCGGAGAAACGACAGACUAACGCCACCUUUUGCUUUGAGAACUUCUCCUCCAAGCAGUGGAAGUCUCACCUGUCUAAGGUGGUGAUAUUCAUAGAGACAGUGGGCUUCAUCAUCCCCCUUCUACUCAACGUAUGUUGCUCCAUCAUGGUGUUGCAGACCCUGCGUCGCCCCCAAACCAUCAGCCGUGGUGGGGGAAAGCUGAACAAAACAAAGAUCCUACGCAUGAUAAUUGUGCACCUCUUAAUUUUUUGUUUUUGUUUCAUCCCUUACAAUGUAAAUUUGGUUUUCUAUGCUCUGGUCCGCACUAAAACUUUAAAGGGCUGCUUUGUGGAAUCGGUGGUCCGAACCAUCUACCCAAUAGCCCUCUGCAUCGCUGUGUCCAACUGCUGCUUUGAUCCCAUUGUUUACUACUUCACCUCCGAGACUAUCCAGAACUCAAUCAAGAGGAAGUCUCAGGUCAGCCGUUCGUAUGACGCCAAGUUCUCCGAGGCCCUGCAGUCAGAAACCAGCUCCAACCUGCAGUGCAGCCUGAAGAAUAUCAAAGCGAAAGUCUUUCACAAUGAGUCUUCUGUGUGACAGUGGUUCUGCCACACUCGACAUGGGAGAGUUGUUGGAAGAAAAACACACCUAUUUGGGACAAUGGGAAUGGAUUUGUUGGAGCGCUUCAUGAAGCACCUGCCAGAAGUUUUGAUCUGAUCUCAGUGUUCAUCUCAGGGCAAAUGUUUGGACCUGUCACUGACAGUCUCAGCUCUGCAGUAUUACUGCUACAUGACCCUUUGUUCGCAUCUGUGGAUUUAUUAAUUACUACUUACCAAUUUCCGUUCCCCGUGGAAUAUACUGUAAUUGUGUUAAGCACAAUUAGUCAACUGAAAACAGCAGGACAGUUAUGAUAAUGAUAUAUGCUACAUGUUCUUGUGUAUCUGUACAUUUCUGUGGUAAGUUGUGAUGCUAACUUAAGAGUAGUAUCUAUUACAUUAACAUAAAGUUAUAUCAUGCUAUAGCUUGUACAGAGCUUUGUUGUUGUUGUUGUUGUUUUUAUGUGAAUUGCAAACAGAAGUGCCUUUUUUUUCCGGUAGCAUUUUCAGUAUUAAUGUCUUCUAUAGACCAUUAAAUGCACUGACACAGAUUUCCUCAUACUGCACUCAUGCCACAGUGAUGAAUAAAAGUCAUGUACUGUUUAAAACAAAA